AAAAUAUUUAAAUUUUUGAAAUGAUCAAGACAUAUAAUUUAUCUAGUAAUGAGAUAUCAAUAUCAGAAGGGGAAGCGAAUUCUGCUCUUAUGGAAUUAGAUAGAGGUUUGCAUUCUAUGCUUAUUGGUGAUCAAUGUCAGGCAAUUGUAAAGUUUCUCCAAUUUUUUGAUAAAUAUCCAUUUCCAAUAUUCAUAAAUGCUGCUUAUCUUAAACUUGCUAAUUUUUAUAGAACAGGAUCCAAUUAUUUGAAACACUUAAUAUUCACAGUCUUCCAACAAAGCUAUAAGCACAUUGAUAAAAUAUUAAAUGUUGAUGAAUUGUUGAAACAUAUAUUCACUCUUUCAUAUAGCAAUGAUCCUAUAGCAAGAGCAACUACUCUAAAAUUAUUGGGUAGUAUAUCUAGCAUAAUUGCCGACAAGACCAAUGUUCAUCAUUUUAUUCAGAAUGGAUUAGAUUCACAUGAUAAUGUAGAAGUGGAAGCCGCGAUUUUUGCUAGCGAAAAAUUUUGCAAGCAGUCAAAUACUUUUUCCGUUAUAAUAUGCGAAAAACUGAGUGAAAGGAUCCAAGGAUUGGCAACUCCUCUUAGCAUUAAACUCAAACUCAUACCAAUACUUCAAUACAUGCACCGCAAUAUCGAAUCCUACCAGAAGGCUAUUUCUAUAUGCGAAAGUGUGUUAAUGACCCACCCAACUCAAGAGUUCACUAUCUUGAUCCUUCAAACAUUAACCAAAUUGGCUAUUAAUUCAAAAUUGAAUCCACAUAAACAAAUGGACCUAUUGCUAAAAUUUGCCAUCACCGAUCUGAGAUCAGAAGUCGUGAUAGAAUGUUUGAAAGAUCUGAAAACUCUCACCAACAAUAUGUAUGAAAAUUAUGCUAAUUUGAUAGAAGAUAAUGCUAAGGUAGAGCAUAGUUCAAACAAGGACAAUGUGGACGAAAAAGAUGAAAGCUACUUUAUUAUAGACGAGUAUUGGGUCGGAAAGGAAGGAAGGAUAUGGAGAUUGAUAAAAAUGUUUGAAAGAACUAUACAUGACUCCUUCAAUUACGAAAAUCAACCGAAUUCUAAAUGCUCUCCAGUAAAUGCGGAUGUCACAAUAAUGGGACACAUUAUGGAUAUUUUCCACAAAAUUAUCAAAACUUUAAACAAUACAUCAAGGAUUAACAUUAAUAAGGAAUACAAAAUACCCUCCCAAAAUAGCCAUAUUAAAGAUUGUCACAGUGAGGUCCGCCAAAAAGAUCAAUCGAAUCACCAAAAUAUGGAGGUAUGCGGCGAUAAUUUGACAGCAAGAAAUUUUGAAAUUAAGUAUCUUAAUAAGAACAUUCUAAAAUGUUUGGAUGAACUUGAAUCCUUAUGUAACAUAGUGCUAGAUUACUUUCUUAAGUCAUCGUCGACUCUCAACUUAAAUUUUAAAGUAAAUGAGAUUGACAAUACUAUUUUAAAUGAUGGUACUGACUCUGAAAUUGAUUAUGACAACAUCGCCUAUAUAAAAACGCUGAUUGUAGAUAAAAGGGUGGCUAGGAAACAAGCAUUCGCGUUGCUUUAUAGCGGAAGAGCUCUCAAAAUAUAUGCUCAAAUUUUUGCUAUCAAACGUUCAAAUUAUCAUUAUCAAAAAUCUUUUCUACCUAGUCAACAAUUACAAGGCGAUGUAAAUUUGCUGCAUUGUGAUAUCUCAUCGCUUUAUAAGCGAAUUAUGUUUUACCUUGAAACAUUUUCUAGGGCCAUUUUCCUAUGCGCUGCUGUAGAUAUAAAAUAUUUUUUGAACCUCCAAAAUGUAAAAUGUCAAGUUAUACGUAAAGAUACAGAAGAUGACGAUGUUCAAUAUAUGUUUAGGUAUAUAAAUAUCACGAAUGAAUCAGAAGUCUACAAUAAGGAAAGUGAGGAAAACAAAAUUGAUAACCCAAAAGUUGAAUUUAAAAAUUUCUUCACUGGGUCAGAACAUAUAGAGACUUAUUAUGGCAAAAUAGUUGGUGUUCUGCGUUUUAGUCUGCAGACGGUUUGUCAAUGUAUAUAUGCACUCAAAGAUCCGUUAAAUGAUUCUGAAUGCGUGCAAGAUUUAGCUAACCUCGUCUUCGUAAAUCUUAAGCGUUUUUUCGCCAUAUUCUUUUUGUGGGAACGUACAAAAGUUUGGAGUGAAAGUAUGCACAAAGAUGGGGAUCUUAAAGAAUCCGAGGAACGCCUUAAUAUCACUUCUAAUCUAUCCUCCAUAACGUUUGACGUCUUAAUUCUACCUUCUUUCACUAUCUUGUGCCGAUGUUUUGCGCUCUUUUUCCCUAGAACUUUCAAAAAACCGCGAUUUACGGAAUUUAUGAUCAAGGAAGACCCCAGGCUAGCAUAUUUAUCCCUAAAACUAACCCAAAUAGCCGAUAAUCCCGUAAUGCCUCCCAUUUUAUCUUGCGCCAUUUUUGAUAUAACACCUACUUGUGAUGGGACUUUAGCCAGCUAUUUAUUCGAACGAAAUCCGCGUAACGCUUGGAGCUUGUACAAGAUGGGAACAUCCGCUCUUAUAGGCCGGCAUGCCUCCUGCGCUGAAAAAUUUUUCGGGGCCUUGCUCGGCAAAGUAUUCAGUGACCAUUUUAUGUUCUGGCUGCAAGCCCUCGAAAACGUCUCACACGCCGAAAGCUUACUUGUUCAAACGUUUUCCUAUUCUUUUACACCUGAUUUUAAUAAAUUAAUGAGCCUGGAUUAUUCAUCUCUCGAAACUGCACUUGAAUAUCAGUAUUUGGCUUUAGAAAAAUUGAAGAUAGCCACCCUCAAUUUCCCUUACACUGGAACCAUAGACAAAAGUGACAGCUAUUAUUCAUCCUCAUUUUCUUCUCAUACCACAACACCCUUGGUUUUUCAAUGCAAGUUUACCGAGUUGCGAGCUAACACUUUUAUUCUUUUGUCGGAAGCCAUCCUCGCGCUUAAGGGAUUAAUAAUUUUGCCUGUUCAGACAUAUCUGCGAUUAGAUACACAAGAUAGAGAAGACUUUAGAAAAAUUGUAAAAGAUGACCAGAAAGCCAAAUUAAACCGUAGAUUACAUAUAGUGACAUCACGAUUCGAAAAACUAUUACGUUCUUAUCAAUAUUUUUACACCACGAGGUGCUUCGAUUGCGAUAAAAAAUCCCGAGAUAUAAUUCGUCUUAAUUUUAUCGACAAGCUUUCAAUCAUGUCAAAAGUCUUCCAAGAUCCUCUGCUCUAUUAUCAAGAGAUAAAUAAAACUAAAAAUUCGGAACAAAAAGCACCAACUGACAAAGGUUCGGUAGAUGACGAUAAUCUAUUCAACGAGGAACUUAUUUUUUGUUUGAUCGAAAAAAUAAGAAUAACCAUGGGGAAACCCGCGUCCUACCCGCCUUUUUACUUUAGAUGCCCUAAAGUUACCACUAUAGAAUUAGUUGUUUCUCCUCAACCCAAAUAUUUCACUUCUCCGUCUUCCAAUAAGCUAUCCUUGAGUCUAAAUACCAAAGAUCCUUCAACCUUUAUUACUUGUCGAUUAGAAACCUUACUAACAAUCAAUGUCGAAGGAAUCAUCAACGGGCCUAAUUCACAAAAUAUCAAGCUUGCUAGGGUUCAGUGCCAUUUUAUAGCUGCCCGCUUAGGUAAAGGUGCUCAUUCGAGAUCGCGUUACAUCGAACCCGAAAUAUCGUCGAGUGAUAGCGAAACUCACGAAGAUACCGAAAGCCAUGUAGAAUCUAAAGAAGACAAAUACUCGGCCUAUGCUGAGUUAGCCGAACUAUAUACUGACAUUGCUUUCUUGAAAACUCGAGAAAAAAUGCGACGAAACCCGGAAAGAUUUAUCAAAGAUGUCGCCAUACAUAACGAUUAUUUCAACGUACAAUUUCUCUUAGAGUUUCCCAUCAUUGGAUUCUAUACCGUUAUGACCGAUUGCUCGAUUAUAGAUUCUAACGAACAAAUUUGGGAAACUGGGCCUCAUUCUGAAUUACACGUCAAAAUAACAUCAGCUAUUAUUUAAUUAAAAAACAGCGCUUUAUUAUUAUUUUUUUU